UUUUGCUAAUCCGAUUACGCCAGCUCUGACUCAUCAAUGGGACCGACAAUGGCGAUGCUAGGCGAGCUUUUAUCUUUUUCUUCUUUCGUCUCCCUCGCUACAGGACCUUCGAGGCAGACACGCCAUACGCGUCCCCCACGGGUAGAGCUAUGCUCAAACCGACACGCCGAGGGUAUCUCCUAUUUCUCAGGUACUAGAAGAAUUCUCACAAGAGCAGCCAAAGUCCUGCUAGAAAGCAAGCUUCCAUGGAAGAAUCUCGCUCCUUCUGGUGUCACAAAUGCGAGCACAUCGUCUUCGUACAGUCCCCGAGCACUGCUCUAGCUUGCCCCUGCUGCGGUGACGGCUUCCUCGAGCAAGCUCCAGCUCCAAGAUGGUCUCCAGAGUCAAAUCCUCCACACCUCCUCGAUAUCUUUGACGCAGUAGCAUCGGCCAUGAGGAGGAACUCGCCGCGGCCGCGCCCCUUCCACCCCUUCCAGCACUUCAUGGUGGAAGAUCUCGAGAUAGACGACUCGCCAUUCUUCCCAUCUCGCGGGGGCGGCGGCGGCGGCGGCGGUGGCGGUGGCGGUGGCGGCGGCAUGGUGGUCUUCCGCGGGGGGGAUAUGCCUCCACGGUGGUACUUCCACGGCGGCGAUCCUUCCCCUGGGUUUGGACCCGACGGCAUGGGACUCGAGCGGCUGAUACAGCAGCUCAUGGAGCUCGACGCUGGCGGCGGCGGAGCUCCUCCGGCAAGCAGGCAGCAGAUCGACUCGAUGCCGACCAUCACGAUCUCCAAAGAUCAUCUUCGCAACGACGAGUUCUCGAGCUGCGCGGUUUGCAAGGAUGACUACGCUGUGGGAAACAAAGUUAGACAGAUGCCUUGCAAGCACGUCUAUCACCAGGACUGUAUACUUCCCUGGCUGGCUCUCCAUGGGACGUGCCCGGUUUGCCGGUAUGACGUUGGGAGGAAUCCGGUCCCCUCGGCGGCGCCAUCGCCAUCGUCGUCGUCUUCAAGAGGUUCUUCCAGAGUUUUUCCUUGGCCGUUUAGAAGACGAUGAAGAAAGCUUUGCCGUUUAGAAGACGAUGAGGCUUCUGAGGAGAUGGAGAGAAAGUCCUGCUGCACAACACGUUAGACGUGAGGACAAGCUUAGAUGCUUACUGGUAAAAUUCGCUGUCUUUGCUUAGUUUCUUCGAUGUCCAAGUUUUCUGCGCUGUGGAAAGACUUAAACCACGAAGAAAUCUGUAAAUACCAAUGUAAGAACCCCUCUACUUGAUAAUCUACCGAAUAGAAAUCCACUGUAGCUUUUGUAA